AUGACGGUAUUAACGCUAGAGCCAACUUCGACAUUAAGCACGGAUCACAAGGACAUUCUCCCAAACGUCAAGAAGUUGGUGUUAGAGUACUCGAUCAUUGAAGGAUCUGGAUUCGACAGAUUAUUUACCUGGAUCCCAGCUUUGGAGAGCCUGGCGAUAUACGGAUCUUCGACGUCCCAUGUGUUCGACUUUACCCGGACUCUCCGCGACAGCUGCCCAUUUGCUGACAGCCCUGAGCAUCCCAAGCACAAACGACAACAAGAGCAUGACCUCUCUCUCUGA